AUGGAGGACGGUAAACAGGAACAUAGCAUUUCAGAGGAGGGUGAUAUGGCACAAAGCAAGCCAAAACAGCGAGGAGUCGGCUGUAAUCCUUUUAAGAGAAGAUAUGAAAAAGAUGCCAGUGAAAAAUGCGAGGUACCUUUGGUAGGUUUCGAACCCGAAACCACGAAGCAACGACGCUCAUUUGUUUAUGAAGAUCCAGCUCUAGAGAGUAGUGAGGUCGUAACCCCUAUAUCACCUCAUGCUUUAAAGUUGUUUGAAGCUAUCCGAGAAGAUGAAAUGGAACUGGUUGAAGCGGAGCUUUCUACCCUAACAGAUAAGCGCGAAAUUGAUAGAUUAGGCGGAGAUGGGUUUGCCCUGAUUCAUGUCGCUGCUCGGUAUAAUUUCAGCAGAUUAAUGACAGAACUGCUAGAUCGUGGAGCAAAUAUCAACGUGGUGACGGGUGACUAUCGAUGGACGCCUCUUCAUUUAGCAGCCAGGUGUGUUGGACAUUUAAAACAUUAUAUUCUACAUUAUCUAUCCUAACGUUUCAGAAUCGACCCUUGCGCAAGAGGAUGAUCUUUUGUUGAAUAGUGUAAGAAUUUGUUUUUAAUAAUAAUAAUAAUAAUAAUAAUAAUUAAUAAUGAUGAUGGUGAUGAUAAUAAUAAUAAUAAUAAUAACAGUCUUUAUUGCCAAAACAUAAAAGUACAUAUCUUUUGUUACAUUUUAGUAUACACUCAAUUUAAAUCUACCUAAGAAUUAAACUUGUUAAACUACAAAUGGAUGAUAAAAUGUUACGUAGAAACUACCUUUCCUUUGACUAAUUUCAUUCUUUAUUGCAUUUGUUAUUUUUAGGAAACUAACUUUUAUUGCUUUCUUUUGAGGCUGAAGUACAACAAUCCAUAUUCCCUUCUGCCUGCUUUCAUUUGAUAUUUACAUAUUAUAUGUUGUAUUUGACAAAUCAGGUAUUAAAGGGACUGUGUCACGAUAGUGCGCAUGUGUGAGCUGUGACAGUAGCUGAUUGUCUUUGAACCAAUCGAAAGCGAGUAAGAUGCACGCGAGGAAAUGUACAUAAUUUAAGAUUCGUUGUUCACGAAGCGGGAGUCUUCCGGAAAAUUUUGUUCGAUUUUAUAUAUCCCCAUAAUUCAUAUUUAUUCUCUGGUAUUCCUCAGAUAAAUAUUUCAGCUGAUAAGAAUAUGAUUAACAACCCUGUCCUGCUUUGAAACAAACAUUUACCUAUGUGUAGUUUUACGUACCCACGCUAGAAAAGCAGCCUCCAAUCCGCAAACAAAAAUAAUUUGUAAACAAACCGUACUGAUCUCUCUGUUUGCCCUAUAUAAACUUAGAAAUACCUGCAAAUAGCUCCUGACCGGUGAUCAAAACACACAGUACCUAAUGAGGCUAACUUUUUGCUUAAAAUGCCAGCUAAAUGCGCAUUAUGAUAAAAUAAGCCAUGCCAUGCGGUCGGCUAGCGCGAUGAACACUCUGCAUGAACACUGUAGCUCAGUCGACUGACUCCAGCUGAAAAUCGUAGCAGUGUUUGAAAGCAAUUCUUAGCGCUUCAUCAUAAAACGCUUUCAUUGCAAUAGUAGCCCCAUAACGUAUAAGUAUAAAGAUUAUUCUAAAAGAACAACGCAAAAAAGGCAUAAACAGGAGCCCAUCACUAUGGCAUAAAUUUCAAUUGCUUUAUAUUAGCAAAUAAAAAAAUUCAUUCCGAGUCGUUGCGUCGGGUGUUCUGCAAAACAAACGUUAUCGAUUCAACACAUAAACAAACCAGAUGUUAAACGGAACAUUCAGGCAACAAUUUAUUUUUAAAAGAUCAAUUCUUAAACAUCUACCCUCAUACAAAAAAGAUACAAGGAAAGUUCCCAGUGAACAACAGCAGUAAAGAUCGCGCGGCCUGUUGUCAGCACUUUCUGCUAUACAACGACGGAUCGGAGUCAUAAAUCGAAUGUCUGUUAAAAGGUUUCAUGUUCGAUGGAUUGCUUCCUCAAGGGGGCAUUACGGUUGGAUUUUAAAUAAAAAUUGAAAAUUUUACCAGUUUUUUUAUUUCCUCUUAAAUGAUACCAGAAUCCAUCUAGUCUUAGAUUGUACAUGUAGUUUAGGCUUAAUUAUUCGCGCGCCGCUAAAAAUCAGCCGCUUUGAAGGGCUGGUAAAUUGUUUGGGUUUGGUUGCUAUGGCAACCACAAGUAGUUCAGUCGCUUUGGCACGUUUUAUUUUUCCAAAAAUGUACAAAAACUCAUUCAAGGUGAUCAUGAGACCCAAGAGUCCAGCCCCAGAUUCUCUGAGUCGGAAUUUCCAAUACUUUGAAGGCCUGUGACAAAGCACUUAGUCUUCACAGAUUUGGCGUGAGCGUCCAUCUUGCUUACUUGUGUUCUUGUUAGUAAAUCAUCAUAAUAAUAAUAAUAAUUUAUUACUUAUUCGGCGCAAAUAUCUAUAUGAAUAUAUUCAAAUGCGCCUUACAAGUUACAUUAAAAUAAUAAUAAAAUAAUAAAUCUAAUAUAGUAAAACUAUCCAGUCCAUAUCUAAUAGAUAAACUAAAAAUUACACAGAGUCAAAAAUGUAAAAAAUGUAAAAUUCUAAAAAAAAAAAAAAAAUAACAAGCAUACGCUUUCCUAAAAAGAUGAGUUUUCACUAAGGACUUAAAAACGUCCAUUGUAUCUCCAAAAGUUGGGAGAAAACAGUCUGUUUUAAGGAAUAGUGCGUCAAAAAGAAAGAAAGGUUUUAGGGGAACCCAGAAACAGGAGGUAGCGCAGAAGAGAAGGAAAGAAACGCGAGCUGUAGAAGUGACCUUUGUUGGUGAAGACGAUGUUGUCAGCGAGCAAAUUCCACCCCCCGCAGAAUCUGUUUCCAAACGGAAAAUACAGCCAAACCACGAUGGAAGCUCCUCGAAUGAAACUGCUGAAGAUGAUCUGGCCCCCCUUGACUUUAUGCCAAGUGCAGUGGUUGCGGUAUGUCCGAGUUGCUUGCAACUGGUAACCACCCUCAAGAUGAUGUUAAUCCAAGAACUCUUCAGGGAAAAGUUGUGAACAGAAGAAUGGUGUUGGCUGCAUUUGAGAGUGGCAUUGGAAAAGAAGGAGUUGCCAAAUUUUGCGAGGUCUUCAUUAUGCCUUUUAAUAUUUCACCUGACACCUGGUACAGCCAUGAAGAGAUCCUUAGUCAAGCCUUCCAAGAGGAAACAAGUGAACAGCUACAAAAGAAAUGUGCAGAAGCUAGAAAGCUUGCCAUGCUUGCGGAAGCUCUUAAUGAUGAUGAUGAUGAUGUGACUAUUGUAGAUAUUCCCAUUAGCUUUGAUGGUACAUGGUCAAAGCGUGGCUACACUGCUAACCACUGUAUUGGCUUUGUGAUAUCUGCAGCUACAGGAAGGGUUCUGGAUUUUGAAGUAAUUUCCAAGGUGUGUCAGCAAUGUACUCAAAUGAAGGCAAAACUUGAUGAGGCAGGUUUUAAUGACUGGUAUCAAGACCAUAUCUGUGAAGGGUCCUACAAAGGAUCCAGCCCUAGCAUGGAAAUGGAAUGUGCAAAGAGGCUUUGGGGGCGGAGUGAGAACAAUUAUGUCAGAUACAAAUGGAUGAUUUGUGAUGGUGACUCUAAAUCAUACAAUACUAUAUGGAGUGUGUAUGGUGCAUGUGACACUUGUCACAAGUAUGAAGCGAUGGAACAAUCUGACAAAGAACUCAUUGCAUGGAAAAACUCUCAAGAGCACAAGACAUGGGAAGAAGACCAUCUUCAAGGAAAGGCAGAGUGUGAGAGAGUGAUAAAAUUGGACUGUAUUGGGCAUGUCCAAAAGAGGCUUGGAAAGGCCCUUUAUGAGUUUCAAAGUUCCUGCACUAAGCUGUCUGAUGGCAAACCAAUGAAAGGUAGAGAUGGGCGACUAACUAAGAAAGCUAUUGAAAAACUGAAAAAAAAAGACUAUGGAAAAGCUGUGCGAAACAAUGUAAACAGAAACAUAGCUUCGACGAGUGAGAGAGACAGUGCAGUAAAAAGAUGCAAGUGGAGAUAAAAGCUGGCCUGUAUCACUGCCUAAAAAUUUCAAACCAAGAAAGGCACAAAUACUGUCCAGUUAAUUCAUGGUGCAAGUUCAAAAAAGGAUUGCCUUGUCCAAACAAGCCACAUCACCUGGAUGGCGUUUUCAAGGAACCACUUGAAAAAAUCUAUGAUCGUUUGAGUGAGCCAGCACUCCUCAUCAGAUGCUUGCCUGGAUACAUCCAGAAUGCAAAUGAGUCUGUCAAUGCAUUGGCAUGGAACAAGUGUCCCAAGCAUAAGUGGCAUGGAAGAAAUCGAAUUGUCAUGGCUGCAUCCUCUGCCGCUUUGCACUUCAUUUGUGGUGCAACAAAAAAGUUUGAUGUCAUGAGGAAAGCUGAAAUCUCACCUGGCAAGCACAGUUGGAAGGAAGCAAGACGAAGAGACAGUGGAAGAAUUCUGCAAGCAGAGCACAGAGAUCAAGAAAAACACAAACAAUAUAGACUUGUACGAAGACAAGCUAAGCAGAGAGAAGAAGACUUGCGUGUAACCCGGGAAGGCAUAACCUAUGAAGCUGGAGGUUUUGACGAAACACAGCUGUGCAGAAUGGGUAAAAAGAGAAAGAACCAAAGAACCUAAGCAUACCUUCAAGUAGGUGUGCUGUUAUGCAUCAAAGGCCAUUUUAGGGAGUCAUUAGUCUUACGAGUGACAUUUAGAUAAAAUUUAAGUUUCAAUUGCAUUUUUCUGAAAAUAGCUUUUUUCUCAGUAUUUUUGUUGGCCCCUCCUAUUUCUCAAAGAGUAUUUCAGCUAUUGUCACCAAAUUUGGUACAAAGAUUGUUUAUAUAAUUGUCUGCAACCUAAUUGAGCAAAAUUUCUGUUUUUGAAAUGCAACUGGUUUUAUAAGUAAUUUGUCUUUUGCAAAAUCUAAUUUUUUACCAUCACAACCAAAAUUGUCAAAAGGUGAUAACUCUCAAGGUUGCAGUCCAUUGCAUACUGCUUUAUUGUACCAAAGAUUAGGUGAUUAUUUUAAAAGGAAAUGACAAAAAAGUGAGGGGCCCCGAUUUAGCCCCAUAAAUAGCCCCUCACAGUAUCUUGUUAAUUAUUAACCUAAAAUAAAAAAUAUGGUAACUCUAAAUAUGUCAUGUGGUAAGUAGUUGCCUGGGUGUACUUCUUACCAAGUUUGAGCGGAUUUGAUUGAAUUGUUGAUUAAAUAUGAUUCUUUAAGUAAGCUACCAAAAUCUUACCAUGAACCAAGACUUCCUGUACAACAAACGAUUACUGGGUUUUCUCCUUCUGAUUCCACGCUUUCGAUAAAUUAAAUUGUUGCAGACAAUCGAAAGUCAUGUCGCAGACCAACUUCACUCGCCGCUGCGUCCCAUUAGUCGGUCCACGGCUGUAUCGAGGAAACCCUUUUAAACUCUCUUUACAUAUUCAUAGUUUAAAAAAUAUCCGUCAAAGGUAGGUCGUUGACUGGAGAACCUUAAUAGUUUCUCAAGUAUUUUCCCUUAGAACUUCCUCCGGAAAGCUAAGUUUAAAGCUGAUCGUCUUGUAUUAAAUACGAGUUCAAAGAUAUGUUUCAGGAAAAUAACCAAGCUUUUGACCGGGCAAAACAAACCACCCUUAACGAUAUAUGCCCAACAAAACCGGCAGAACUAGUCUGCGAAGCAGGACGUAAAACAUAUGAGUCACAUAUGUUUUCUUACCUCGAUUUUCGCUUCCGUGUUGUCAUAAAAGUAAUUCUGCCUUCGAAAUCCAUCGCUAAAGGAAGUUAUUGACAAAAUUAUAAACCUUGUAUACCCUUAGUGAGGAAUAAUAUUUUAAUGAAAAAAUAAACUACUGAUAAAAAAUAAUGAUGAAAAUAACAAUAAUAUAGCCUGCGAAUUUAAUGCAGCCGCUCUCUCCUUGUUCCUUGCUGCUAGAGGCGUUUCACCAGGAGGAACGUAUACGCCUCGGCGACAGAAGUUUCAUACUAACGACGUAAAUAAAUAUCUAAAUUUGAAUGAAGCGAUGGUAAAUUAACCCGAGAAAAAUCUCGGGACUUCUACGUGAUUCCAACUCAUGGCCUCUACGUUAGCGCUGCAGUGCUCUACCAAUUAAGCUAUGAAGGCCCAUACAUUGAGAGCAGACCAAUUUGCCGUGCUCAUCCAAAAACGUGAAAGAAAUGAAACAUGAAGAUGAUGUGACCUGCGCAAAUACAAAUAUAAAUGAAGGUAUGAUCGUCGCAGUGGUAAUUGUUCGCAUAAUAAAUCAAGUAGUCAUGGAGUUCCAAAUGUCAAUUUGUUUGAGUUUAUGUUUUUCCUGGUCGAUUAUGGUAAUGUCUUGGGUUUUACUGCGAACGAGCUCCAGCAAAAUUCAAAUUCUUUUUCUAAAGAAGAACAUAUUCCAGGAAUAUUGACUGUUUUGCAGUAGAUUCAUCACGUUUCAUCGUUUACAUUUGGCCUUUGGGGCUUUUUUUUUUUCAUUUGUAUGUCAUUUGUAAACAAGAUUACUCGGAACCCCCAUAUGUUCUGUAUGCUUUCCCGCGAAAUUAAUGUGUUUUCGAGGGCGUCCGCAUAUUUCUGUAGUGAGAAAAAAAUGGCGGCGAAAGAGGGAAAUUGGCCAACAAGUUUACUCCUUGUUCCUUCACCGUAGCUCCUACCUCCGUUCCUUCCCUUACAACCGAGGAAAGCUCGUUUCGAGUCAAUAUAAAUAAUAUGUAAUCUGGCUUAAAAAUAUUGCUAUAUUUUGUUGUUGCAACGCACGAUGUCGUGUUUGCUGUUGCAGCACUGUUCGAAUGUUUAACUUUUGCUCGUAAUGUAUUCCAUCGCCCUUAUUUAAGAGGAGCUUUUCAAAGAAUUAAAAAGUGAAACUCUUUGUGGGAGAGCCAGACUUUUUAAAAGGGAAUUGGAGUGCUUACGGUAAGGUCUCUGUAAUGGCUCAUCGUGUAACCGGCAAAUCGGAGGCAAUUUUGCGCCUUCCGCGGUAGUAGAAACUGUCGUGUCUUCGGUGUCUUAUCCACCGCAACCUGGGACAGCGAAAAUCAAGAUGUUUUCUCAUGAUUUUGAAGCAUUUCCUUUAAAGAAGCAGAACGUCGAAGUGAAGAAAGGUAUCGGUUUGAUGGUGCUAUGUAAGUUAUUAUUUAGUUGUCACAAGAGAUGAAAGCUACCAAAACCCUUUGAGUGCAGAAUUAUCAAACUCAGGAAGAAAUUAAACACUGUUUGGCAAUCACACUAUUUCUCAAGAUGCUACAAGAUUUCAUAACCGCAGCAUAUACUUGUAGACCUCAAAUAACCGCAAAAGGAAUAUGCAGGAGGACGUGACAUGCCGAAACAUCUAACUUCCCAUGUGAAACCUCUGAGAACCUUUCUUUAAUCUUUUGAAGUCGCUAGCCCCAUCGGCUCGCUCCUUUUUUAAUUUUAUGACUGCCUGUUAUUUUCCUUGUUUACAUGUUACUUAGUUUCUUAGUAGCCUCAGAAAAAUACCAGACUCAGUAGAUUCUGUAUCGACAGUUAAUUGUUGUAUUGUGUGAAUGAAACCCUCAGUAUGUUUGGUACACAACCACACAACAGUAAGUUUCGCUUUUAAUUCGAUUUCAUUCCUGUUGAACAUCUCGUUUGUUUUGUUUGAUAUGUCCUCUUGAAAUAUUUGCCGUUGAGAUUGUAUGUUAUCAAAAGCCGUUUUCAUCCACAGCCACAUUAAUAAUAAUUUGCGACCUCAGAUCUCGCACAAUUACAGCCGCCGCGCAAGCGAAAGAUGCAGUCCGUGUUCGAUCUGUAACACAGUUGGUACAACAUAUUUUUUACUUCAAAAUUAACUGUGGGUUGAUGCAGUGUGGUCUUUUGUGGAAUUAGUAAAAAGCUCCAAAGUAGUGCACAAGUGAGUUAACAAGUAAAGUAAAGUACUCCCGAACUAAACAGCUUGAUUUUCAAUAUUUAUUUACCCGCUGUCGAGGGUCGGGACUGGGUUGUUCGUGAUAAAACUUAUGAUAUGAAGCCAACUGUCAAGAUUACAAGUAAACUUGAAGACGUUGCAUGAGUGCAUCACUUUUUUCUUUUUGUUAUUAGGCUUAAAGCGGAUAUUUUUUAACCCGAUAGAAGAUCAGAACUAUUAUCAGAUAACUCUUCCACGCUGUCUACCGCCAUUGUUGGUAGCAAUUCAAAUCGCGCUUCUGUGACUCAGCGUGUGACGUAUGAUCAUAGCUCUGCUCUGAUUGGAUAUUACUGAGAAGGCGUGAAAAAUAUUCCGCGAAAGCUAUUUCUAUAAAUAAUUUUUCGUCGGAAAGGGUUGACUCCAAGGGCUUAUAUGAGAGAUGGAGGCAAGUAAUCGGCUCCUGGUCCAGAUUCCGGACAGAUAUUACGUCAUCAGUGCGGAAUUUCUGUUGAUGCUCAACAAAUUCUUGGAGGCGUCGAAGGCCUUCAAUCUGACCAUCAGCCUCAGCAAAACCGAGGCACUGUACCAGCCUGCUCCAGACACCACAUCCGUAGAGCCAAACAUGAGCAUCGAUGACACGCCGUUGGCAAAUGCCGACAGCUUCAACUACCUCGCCUGGACAGUACCAUCUUAAACGACGGAUCCCUGAUAAAGAAAUCACGUCCAGGUUCAGAAAAAACAGCCAAGCGCUAGGGAGGCUGCGCACAAAGGUUCUCAAUCACCAUUACAUUUGCCUCUCUACGAAGGGGAAAGUCUACAGAGCUAUAGUCUUGACCGCUCUGCAGUGUGAAUGCGAGACUUGGACACGGUACCGAAGGCGUGUCAAACAGCUAGAGACCUUUCACAUGUGUGCCCUCUGUUCCAUACUUGGCAUGCACUGGCAAGACCGCAUCAAAAACCUCGAGGUCCUGGACCGUGCAGAAUGUACCAGCAUUGAGGCCCUACUCAUCAAGCCCAGCUGCGAUGGGUGGGACAAAUCAUCAGAAUGGACGAUCCUCGCAUGCCCCGUCAGCUACUGUAUGGAGAGCUUGUGCGCGUUGCAAGGACACUGUGAAGGGGAACCUUCAGUGGUGCGGCAUCCAGCUGAAAGAACUUGAGGCUGCAGACAGUGACAGAAGUCAAUGGUGCUCACCGACCCUCACAGCUUCCACCAGUUUUGAGGACGAUCGCCGUCAAAGACUCACGGCAGCAGCCUAUGAACGACACCAAAGGGCAUUCUCUGCUGACAUCACAACAACGGAGCUCCAAUGCCCCACCUGCUCCAGACUCUGCGCUUCCAGAUUGGGUUUGCACAGCCACCAGAGAAUCCAUGGAUGAUCACACAACACGCAGUCCACGACACACAGUCUUCUUCGGACAUGAUGGACAACCACCAAACAAGCACGUUUAAAAGAGGAGUUCUUUCGAAAGAGUUGCGCCACAUUUUAUCGUCGCGCACUUCUUUCGCUAGCAAAAAAGAAAUAAGUAAUGUGACCUCUCUAGAACUACAAUGUAAACGCCACACACUUGUCCAAGAACAUGUAUCGGAAAUAAUGGUGUAUAUUGUUCUAUAUUUUCUUUUAUUAGCUCCUUUUGGCAAUUUAUAUAAAUAGAGUGGUUGUAUGCAAGCUACUGGUUUAACCAAGUCUUUUUGUUUUUGGUAGAUUCAAUAGUCUUUCCACAGUUGUCGAUGUUCUUCUGCCACGAGGCGCUGAUCCCUCCCUGAGAUGGAAAAAUGGGAACACCCCACUUCACUUAGCAGCGCGAGGAGGACAUGAAGAGAUUGUUAAAGUUCUUUUGGAUCAACCUUCCGUUGAGGCUGACGCUAAAGAUAAUUCUGGAAAAACUGCUCUGCAUUUUGCCUGCAGCGAAGGUCACGGAAAGGUUUGUCAAAUCUUGUUGAACUUCGGAGCGGACAUAAAAGCGAAUUCAGCGGACAAGACAACUCCGCUUCAUAGUGCCAUUCUGAAUGGACAUUCAGAGGUUGCGAGGAUGAUUUUGAAGCGAGGUUAGAGGUUAUUGAUUUAACAGUAAUUGCAGUAACUCCUUUAGAGUGUAAACAGUCCGAUCCUAAAUUAUCUAUUAUUUAUUGAACGAUUCCCUCUGGGUCAUUAAAUUUAGGUCUUCUUAACGAGUUAGUCAUAUAAAUCUGGAAGCGUCUCACUGUGAUACAAGUCCUCUGUGAAAUUCUGGUGAGGGCAGAUAAAUACUGACUGUUAAUUUGCUAGAUAGCACACAUUUCAUUUAGACACUCAAUUAUGCAUUACUAACAAUUUUAUGUAGAAAUUGCCUGAUCGUAUCUACCUGCUUAACUGACGGUAUGAGAAUAGGUUUGUGUUUUGUCCGCAGCGCGUACACUGUAGCUAGCCACGACAUUUCAGUUUCGGCUGCAUGCUGGGGGAUCUCAGUUUGACUCGUUCCCAUUUCUCUCCCUGCUUUAGUAUCCCCUCACAAAAAAAAAAACAGCAAUAGCACUCACAGGAAAGAAGCAGUCGCGCAGAUAAAUCUCGCCACCUUCCUAGGCUAGUAAAAGUAGUGAGAUUGUGGAGAGGACAGCGCCUGGGGACUACACCACUAAAGGUCGUCUUUGGUCGUAAUAAUGGGGUGAUUGUAUGGCUAAGGUGCAUUAUGUAAGUGAGUUCUCCUCUUAACUUGCUAUCAAUGUUGUUGUACUUUACAGCUGUCGACAGAGAUACUAACGCGAAAGAACUUUUGGGAACUUGUGACUUACAGGACAACACAGUCUUACACAUGGCCACACGAAAUAAUGACGUCAAAACUGCUGAGUUAUGCCUUGAGAAAGGCGCUGAUGUCGACUGUCUUAAGUGUGGCUCGGUCACCGCCCUUCACAUGACGGCAACGAAAGGGAAUCUUGAAGUAGCGGACUUGCUUAUUUCAAGAGGUGCUGAUGUGAACAAGAAAGACGGGGACUCCAAAACACCUCUCCACAGGUUAAUUUAAAUUGCAUUGAAUAGUGCUUGUUCAGACUAAGCAAUACUGAGUACUUUAAGUGUUGAAUGGACGUUCCAUAGAAUUUGCCCACAGUCUAGAAAAAUGCUAAACUAGAAACAUAUAGGUGGUAACGUUGUAAGUGACCUAAAUGUUUGUCAGGUAGUCCCAUGUGGAACACAACGAACAAACGCAAAUUCCCCUUCUAGGUCUCAAGAAAAUGAUUAUUUAAUCAGUGAAGAACAUUCUUGUUUCCAGAUGCAAGUCGGUUCGCUCAUCAAUGUUCCUAGUUUUGCGGGACCUUAAAAGUAUAUCCAUGUUGUCUUGUUAAUUAUCAGUCUGGAAGUGAAAAAGAAGAAAAACAGCGUUCCUUAAAUGUUAUGCUUCAAUCACUUAACAAACCUUUUGCUUCUCGUUCUCAUGUAGGGCCGCUACGUUUAACCAGUUAAACGUAAUUGAAUUUCUUGUGAAAAAGGAGGCAAAAAUUAAUGUUCGUGACAGCGAAGGACGUUCUCCGUUCUUGAAUGCUGUUGCUGCUGGGCACGUGGACUGCGCCCGAGUUCUUCUCAAACUUGGAGCUGAUUUGAGCGCAGCGGACUUGCAUAUGAAAACCUGUCUUCAUAUUGCAGUAGAGAACGAGCUCUUAGAGAUGCUAUCAAUGCUUUUGGAAAGUCGUCUGGGGGUAAGCUGUUUAAACAGAAGAGAUUUGAAGGAUAGAGUUCCUCUGCACUACGCGGCGAAGACGAGAGACAUCAAGGUAACUUUGGAACGGAACUGUUAAAAAGCAAUUGAACAGUACUUUUUUAUCAAGGCCAGAAAACUUGAUAUGACGGCACACAUAGAAGAGACUAUAAUACAGUCGAACCUCUAUAGAUGGGCAUUUAUAAGCGACCAUCAUCUGUUUCCUCUCCAUUUACCUUAUUCCGGGCGGAGAAAAGUUUAAGUAAAUCACUGUAAACAGUAUCCCAAUAAAGCAGCCUCCUGUUCUUUCUUCGAGGUUAACCGCUCAAUAGAGAUAUCUCUAAUAGAGGUUCGCCGUACUUUGUUAAAGGCAGAACGCGAUAUUCGUUCAAAAGAAUUCUUUUCCCCGGCUCACUGGUUAGUUAAGUCACAGCUAUCUUCCAAAUGUACACCUUCUCGACAUCAGGGUAGGUAGUCGUUUGCAACUGGAGGCGGUUGACAGGAAUGCCAUGUAUGUGAUAGGGAGCCUACAUCAGUUACUUUCUAAGACGGACAUUCUUAGGAAUGAAUAACGGCAUGGGCCAUGUUUACAGCUUCAAGGUGUGAGGAAGAGUUAAUGUAUUUUAAAGCAGUCAAACUUACUCUCUUUCAAGUGGCCUCCCUUGAAGAAGGAACAAGUGUCCUCUCUAUUAGCUGUUUUGUGUUAAGUGGUGUACCUACACCGAUACUCUAGGAGCUUACUGAUAGAUGGCAGCUUGACCCUUUAAGCCCUAGUAUCAGCAUGCGUAAUCUCUUUAUACAUUCUCAUGGUACUGCUCGAGAAAAUUUGUUCAAACAUUAAGAUAUUUUACUUGUAGUGAUUAUUUCGUUCAUUCUCGUGACCUGUAGUGUUGUUGUUGGGAGAAAUUGGAACUGGUCACUAUUGAAGGUUAAAGAAUUAAUGACAGGCCGCUUAAUAGAGAUUCGGCUGUAGUGUAGGAGUUCAAUAAAUGACACUGACUCUGGCAUACGGAUUCAUCUUUUUAGAUUUUAGAGCUCGUCUUAUCCAAGCAGAAGCGCUUGCGCUUCAACGAUGAGAGUAACAAGACACCACUUCACCUUGCAGCAGAAAAGGCCUCAUCCAAACACGUUGAAGCUCUGGCAAAGCGCAUGUCUGAAAUAAAUGCGCGAGACGAUCUUGGCCGAACACCAUUGCACAGCGCUGCAAGGAAAGGGCAGAGGCAAGAGAUAUAUUCUAGAAUAUUCUUUUUUCCCCCACAAUUAUCGCUGUUUUUCCAUUAUGGGUGAAAGCGAUCUUUGCUACUUGUUUAGAUGCAGAAUCGAUCGUAGAUCAAAGAUGUCCUCACAAGCAAGCAAUAGUGACGUAAGACUUCGAAACUCGAACCUUACAUUUUGUAUGACUGUCAAAUCGUCCUUUUCUUUUGAAAGAGUAAAUCUGUCUGAGUUUACAAAAAAGGUAAGAGUGCAUGACUGUAAAUAUCGCGAAUCGCUGGCCAGGCUAAAAAAAUCGAAAAUUCUGAUAACCUGUCAGAAAAACUCCUUUGGGGAACUAUCUUCGAAAAAAAUAGUUUUAACUUUCAAGAAUAUAUAGUUUUGGAAAAAAGGAGGAAAAACGAAAAUAGAGGUUUUUAUCUAAUUAAUUAUGCAAAAAUUAGAGUAAAAAUGGCCUACUUUAUCGCGUCUGUACCGAGGCAAGAUUCAAAGCUAUAAAACAGAAAUAUUUUUGUUUAAAAUCAUUCUAUCUUUUCUUUCUAUCCAUAGUAUGUUUUAAACCAUAAACACGAUUUUGAAUUUUUUAUGUUUUUUUAAAAACUACCAUCAAAGGCAAUUUUUAAAAUGGGUAACUGAAAAGUGGACAACUUCAGAGGCAAAAAAACUCACCUUGGUAUGUGCGAUACCUAGCCAAAAUGUAUACUAGGACAAAGUUCAGCUCAGAAUUUUCGAUUUUUUUAGCCUGGCCAGCGAUUCUCGAUAUUUACAGUCAUGCACUCUUAAUUAGAUAAAAACCGCUAUUUUCGUUUUUCCUCAUUUUGUCGAAAACUAUAGAUUCUUGAAGGUUAAAACUAUUUUUAUCGAAGAUAGUUCCUCAAAGGGGUUUUUCUGACAAAUUAUCAGAAUUUUCGAUUUUUUUAGCCUGGCCAGCGAUUCUCGACAUUUGCAGUCAUGGGCUCUUAACAAUUUGACCCUAGUCGCUAGUUAGGGCUUAAAACGGAUAAAUUAAUCGCUGGAAACAAAGCGACCGAUUUGUAACAGACUUAGAAUCCAUAUUUCCUGACCCCACAAUCGGCUGUCUAAGACAAAAUUACUUCAACUAAACACUCACAAAGCGUUAAAUGCUUGUACACGAUAUUCUUAUAACACGAGCGCCACGACAUACCUGAAAUCUGUCUGUCAACAACUUCAGGAAAUCACACAAUUAACCACGUUUGCGGCACUGAUAAAACUAUCCACAACCAACCAGGCACAAUGUUUCCACACUUAAUACAGGCGAAAUAUCAUCAAACUGCUCUCUCUCAAUAACUCAAGAUCCCGGAUGUAGAACAGCCGUUUUGAACGGGACACAUAGAGGCCGUCCUUCGAAACAAUUUUUAACUAAGUCUCUAGCCUGGUCAGAAAUCAGCUUCAAUUUUGCUCGCGCUGAAUAGAUUUGACUCCUACAAACUACUUUUUGAGGCCAGAGACUCGUCAUCGCCCACAUCAAAGCUCGCAAUAUGCUGCCUUUCCGUCUCAAGCCCGAGAUCAGUGUUUCACCCGUUUAGCCAAAAUGAGACGAAAUACGGUAACACAUUGGACGACGGCAGACUUUGCCAAUCGUGAGACUUGUUCCUUCAUAAGGCUUAAUGAUGCCUUCCGGAAAACUUUGUUGCAGGCGGCCAAAAAGAAAUCUAGAAACUUAACCGACCACGGAGAACACUUUCUACGGCAGACGCUGAUUGCAAAUGUCAUGGUGUUUUGUGACAAGUAGAGAAUUAUGGGAAAUGGUAGCUUGGGGAGAAGUGGGGGGAGGGGGUAGGGAAGAUGUAAACGGCAUAUUUAAAACAUGUUUUUUGAUCUACUGCAGCUUGUUAGGGGAUUUUUGUAGUGAAAAUAUCAUUUUCAAAAAAAUUGUCAAGUACUGAAGAAGCCUCAAAUGAGAAUGUUGCUAAAAAUCCUAAAGGUACUUUUUUACAAAUCCAGACAGAAACAAAAUCGACUGCGAUUACCCGAAUAAGCAAAUGUUAUGUUUUGACUGCCUCCUGAAAUACCACCUAACAUUGCAUUUAUCCCAUCAAUCCUAAAGCGCAUGCAAAGAUGGCGGGUAUCGUGAAUAAGGACUCUUCCUUGAGUCGAUUGCAGUUCCAUCUUUUCUUAAUUCUAUUCACUAUUUGCAUAUCCCCCAUUAUACACUUUGCCUACCCUCCCCCCCCACUCCGCCAAAAAAUGCAUAACCUUUGUUUUUCUUGGAGUGUUAUGGGAGAUUGCAAAUGUCGAAUAACGGAAUCCAAUACAUUUUUAACAGUGUAUGUAAGUAUCGCAGAUUGUUUUACUAGGCUACCUGCAUUUUUUCCCCUUUGCAAUAGGAAAUCAUGUCAGGUGCUUCUUAGCAUGGGAGCUGAGGUCGAUAGCAGGGAUAACAAGUUUCGAACACCUCUGAUGUGGGCUUCUCAGGGAAACCACACAAAAUGUGCCGAUAUUCUUCUUGACUCCAAAGCUUCUGCUGACCUACAGGAUGUCGGUGGUGAUACUGCUUUGCAUGUAGCGUGUGGUCAGGGUCAUCCAGCUAUUGUGACUCUACUGUUGGACCAUGGUGCAUCCUCAACAUUGAGAAAUAAACAUGGUCUUACUUGUUUGGAAGUUGCCGCGAAAGCCGGAUCGUGUGAUGCCGCCAUGGCAAUUGCCAAACACAAAAGGUUGGCAGAGUAAUUUUCACUCAGUAAUACUUAGCUCGAACCAGCUCAAUAACAAUAACGUUACUACAAAUUGCAAAUAUAUUAUCUCACCUUUAAUUUUGGGAUAUCUACUUGAAACCCCCCACCCCAAACAAACAAAGAAAUGGGUUUGAAGCGCAUGAAAGAUUCUUUCCACAAAAGUGGUGGAAAGGAUACUCCUAACUUAACAGUUGGUAAUCCAAAGGAGUUUUCGAAAGGACAAAAUAGAGACCUUAAGAUACCCCGAUAUCGGUGUACGGGUACGGAUAGUGUACCCGUACACGUAAAAUGUUCAUGUGCGUGACUAUUUCGAUUAAGAUACCAGAAGAACAAGCACGCAAAAUUAACUUUGUACAUGCAUGUCGCUUAAUGCAUACAAAAUCUCCCUCAAAUUCUACACUUCAUAUCUUAACAACAAGCUGCAACAAAUAAUUCAUUCAUACAUAAGCUUAUUGAAAUAUCAUAGAAAGAUUUAAGAAACUUGGCGGGAAGUCCCUCGACCGAAAGCUUGUUAUCGCAAACCCCGCCAUUUUGAUCGAGGCACAUCACCAAACAAUUCCUUUGAUUGUCAACUUCAACAGUGGCUCCCAUGCUAAAUUUUUCAGUGCUAUUUCUUUUGCGAAACUCAAACAUUCGAGCAAUUCUCAGAAAUCCCCCCAAAUACGGCCACAAAUUGAUAUCGUUUCAGAGUUCAACCUGCGUAUUUGAGGUCCAAAACCAAUACAUUUUGAAGCGCUUUCAUUACAGCUAAAAUUCAAAUUUGGCAAAAAUAUUUGAACAGACUUGCAAUAACAUUUCCAAGGAGUCAUACAAUUUACAUUUGUACUAAAAAAGUCUUAAAAACUUACUCGUUUCUCCAUCAUGUAGGACUUGCAGCUACCCGUAAAUCUUCUACGGGUAAACUGGUGUCUACCCCGGAAAAACGGCUGGUUCUACCGGGUAAGGUCGAUGACGUCACCGCAAAAUGAAAAAAACAUGGCGCUACUCGUUACCCGUACACCGAUUUCGGGGUAUCUUAAGGUCUCUAAUAAUAAUUAGAAAUACACGACAAGAGUCAAACAAGUUAAGGAUCACUAUUUUCAUUUUCCAUUCCUGAAAUGAAAGUGCCGAGUUUUUCAUUUGGUUGGUUUUUUUGUCUCUCGAUGAAAAGAAGCGACCCCAUUCUCUGCGCCAAUAUACAGAUAGAAAAUCAUGUUUGCCUAGUCUGGACUGUUGGAGAGUCCAGGUUAUGUAAUAUUUCUAAUUAAAUAAUUUAUAAUGUUGCUUAUGAAUACAUCGUAAUAUAUGCAUUGGGCGGGGGGGAGGGUGGGGGGAAGGAAAUGCAGUCAUUUCAUUUGUUUUUACCUGCAACUUUUUAAGGUGGAAGGAACUUGAGCAAUAUCAAAUAUCAAACGGUCAAACUGCAAUCUCACUCCUGGUUGAAAACUUCCCAGAAGCAGCUGAAGUUGUUCUCAAUCAGUGCGUACGUUCCUCGGAUCAUCUCAACCCAGCCGACCCAGACUACGCUGUAACUUAUGACUUCAAGCACCUAGAUCCUGGUCCAGAUGCUGACCUGUCGAGUGGAAGGUUUUCUACUGUUCAGAUGAUGAUAAAACACAAGCGCGAACGGCUUCUUCUACAUCCUCUUACGCUGAAAUUUAAUGAGCGAAAGUGGCAGCGUUUAGGAAGAUAUGUCUUCUUAUUCGACUUUGUUACUUAUCUCUUGCUUAUGGUGCUCUUUACUGUAUUUAUAGUCUACGAUAGGACAGGCCAGACCUUCAGUGAACCACUAAAGCAACAACCAUCAAAUUUUUACUACGACGACGACGACCCCUUCAAAGGAACUAUUCCAUUUUUGAUCUUGACUUUCUCCUUGCUGCACAUAUGCAAAGAACUGUUCCAAAUCUACGUUCAGCGUUGGAACUACUUCAAGGACCUGUCUAAUUACCUGAACUGGACACUGUAUAUCACUGCAGCCUUGUUUAUGGUCCCCUAUGUCACAAAUCCAGACGUCCUCGACACGUUUUUUGCCGGUACCAAGGAUCCCCAGGUACUUUGGAAUAUUGGAGUUAUUGCAAUCUUCGUGUGCUACACCAACAUGAUGCUGUUUCUCAGAAGAUAUCGCUUGUUUGGCACUUACAUCUCAAUGUAUAUCGAAGUGACGAAGACUGUAUUCCAAGUUAUGGUUGUGUUUAUUUUUCUGGUUCUGGGAUUUGCAUUGGCUUUUUACGUCCUCUUUAAAGAACAGGUAAGUUAG